AUGUCGCCGAAGACGUGUUUCUCAGGGCCCUUUGGUGCCACUCAGCUGUGGCACAACAUCAUCCAGGCCCUGCAAACCCAGGUGGAGGUGCGCCGCUGUAGGAGGCAUCUACGUGUUCAUGCCGAAUGUUUCACAGGCUCAGACGCUGUGGAUGCCGUCCUCAGUUACUUGAUGCAGAAUGUGGUGUUUUGCACAAGUGAAGUAUCUCGCCUCAAAGCUGCUCGACUCUGCCAGGCUCUGAUGGAGGCAAAGGUGUUUGAACCGGUGGGCACAAAGCUGUUUCGCAGAGACAAGGAAGUGGCCUUUGAGGACAGCAGCUGUAGCCUUUACCGUUUUCUGGAAUAUAAAGUGUUACCCGGCUCCUCCAUGACGGAGUGCAGAAGUGACACAGAAAACAGGCCACCAGAUGAGCCAGAGAUUAAGAGGAAAAAGAGCUCCAGGCUGAAUGAAUUGAGAACAAUUUCCAAUCCUCUUGCUGUUGGACCAUCAGACCGGAGGGUUGAGAGGCUGCUGAGGACCAUCAACCUGCGACCUUCUGUGUCACCAGCUUUAAACACAGCCCCGACCUCUUCUGCCUUUCUGUCCAAGGCUGUGGUGGACGAGGUUUGGAAGCAGCAGACACUGCUGCAGCUGCUGCAGAUAUGCACACUUAUACAACAAGACAAACAGACAACGGGCCCAGACAUGUACAUUAAUCAAACACAUACGUAUGCAAACAUUGAAACAAAAUAGCAUCAGGUGGCUGCUACUAAGUGCUAUACGUAAGAGCCUCUGGCAGAAGCUGUGGCUCAUCCCACGCUGACCUUGUCCAGGUGGACAAGGAAGGGGUCCCAAAUGGUCAAAGACCAUAUAAUUGAGUCAGUCCUCAAA